AUGGUUACUUGCGGGUCUCGGGAGGAUGCAUUUGACCUGACACUCACUUCGGGUCCAGCGCGCCCGUACGACGAGAACGACCUCGCCAGAGACGAGAACCGGCGGAAAAACCCCUCCACCGUUCUCAACCGCGGCGGAUCCUUCUGUUGUCCUUUCUAUCCCAAUGGCACGAGGGAAGGGGCCAAGGAGAGUCAUCAGCACAAACUGCUGUUGGAUCGGCUGUCGCAGCCGGAUCUAGAGCCAGGGGAGGGGGAGCCUGUUGGGACAAUAAGCGCUGCCCGACCUCUUCUGUCACCAGCAGUUGUCGAGGUUCCAGAAGCGACCAAACAGGAAGCGAUGAAGCUGGUGCCAGCGGGGGGGAAAAAGCGGGUGAAGGCGGGGGAAAAGGCGGCCUUUCCUCCCCAGGAGCAGAAGCAGGAGCGGGGGGUACAUGCGGAGGUGGAGAAGUGGGAGGAGACCGUGAGGGAGACAGUGAAGGAGGCAUUCGCGAAUAUCUUCUUCCAGCUCCGAGACCUUUCCUCCCUUGCCCCGCCUCUGCUUUUUGAGAAUUCUCAAAAACUCCCUGCAGACUUUUUGUUGAAGGCGGGUGGCAUGCAGCAGGAGAGGAGCGUUCACGAAUAUUUUCUUCCAGCUCGGACACUUUUUAUUGAAGAGGGGUGGCAUGCAGCAGGAGCGGAGCGUAUUGAAAUCACUUUUGAGAAUUUUGUUAAAAUCACUCCCUGCAGACUUUUCGUUGACGAGGGGUGGCAUGCAGCAGGAGUGGAGCGUUCACGAGCAGGAGCAGAGGAGCGAGAGGUGUGGUGUGUGGACGGAGAGGUAGAGGGGCUGCAACAUCAGCUGGAGGGGAGGAGUGAGAGAUUGAGGGGAGAUGGGGAGUGA